UCGUUAGCUUAAACACAUAAGUUAAUCAAUGAAAAUGUUGCAAUAUUCAAUAGAAAUUCUCCUCUGCUCUUAGAGCGUUGUUGUAGCGUUGUCAUCAAAGUAAAGCAUUUCCGCAUUUCGAUUCUUGCUAUCGCUUUGACCUGUAUUUUGGUGGUCGAACAAAUGUAGUCGAUAUUUGCAAUCAGCUGUUAAUGCAACAGUUGUUUUUAGCGGCAUGUCAAUUCACAGCUAACAUAAAUCUUCUUAAAUUAAUCAAUGAAAAUGCUGCAAUACACAUUAUUAAAUGUGCCCCUCAGACGGAACAAAUUGUUGCUUAGAUAUUCCGCUCAACUAUUCAAACGAUGCUACAGCGCAGACAUCAGAAACAUUGGAAUUUUGGCGCAUAUCGAUGCAGGCAAAACCACAACAACGGAACGCAUGCUUUUCUAUGCGGGAAAGACACGUUCUUUAGGUGAAGUGCAUCGUGGCAACACAGUAACAGAUUACCUCACACAGGAGCGUGAACGCGGUAUCACUAUUUGUAGUUCAGCUGUCACGUUUCCCUGGAAUGGAAAACGUAUUAAUCUUUUGGAUACGCCCGGACACAUUGAUUUUACUAUGGAGGUGGAGCAAUCUUUGUAUGCUGUCGACGGAGUUGUUAUCGUUUUGGAUGGCACGGCGGGAGUUGAAGCACAAACAGUUACUGUGUGGACACAGGCGGACAAGCAUAAUUUGCCUCGUUUGGUGUUCGUCAAUAAAAUGGAUCGUCCAGAUGCCAACUUCGAUAAAUGCGUUGAUGAUUUGAAGUCGAAACUUGACGCCAAGCCCAUUUGUACGCAAUAUCCGGUAAAAAACAAUGAAGGACAUUUAGGCAUAUACGAUGUUAUUACAUUAGAGCAAUUAAGUUGGCAACAAAAGGACUAUGGUCGCGUCUAUCAUAAAACUAAAUUGGAAUCUUCUGAUGCGCUGCGUGAUCUACAAGAGAAACGUAAUGAGCUCAUUGAUCAGUUGUCGGGGCUGGACGAUGAGCUAGCGGAUGUUGUUAUAAGCACAGAAGGUUUUGACCAAGUCAGCAAUAAGUUAAUUGGGCAAGCUAUACGACGUGCCACCAACCAAAACAAGAUUGUGCCUGUGCUGUUGGGCUCUGCCUAUAAGAAUAUUGGAAUACAACGUUUAAUGGAUGCUGUCAAUGAUUAUUUACCCACGCCAGAGGAACGCAAUCAGAUAUACGAAUGCUUUGGCAAUGACCUGGCGGGCAAAGUCUUUAAAAUUGUCCACGAUAAACAGCGGGGAGCACUGACGUUGGUUCGUCUAAUACGGGGUGAACUAAAGCGUGGCAUGCGGCUUACAUGCUCCAGCGGACAAGCAGAGGUUGUGUCGAAAAUUUACGAACCUCUUGCAGAUGAAUAUCGCGAAGUGAGCUCUGUGCAAGCCGGAGAUGUGGCUAUAUGUGCGGGUCUAAAAUCGACGGUAACUGGUGAUUUGCUAACGAGCAGUCAUUCUUCUCUCAAGAAUGCCCAAAAACGUUUAAUGAAAAGCCGUGGACUUACAACGCAGCUUCAUGAAGAUGAAGAGGAUUUCGUUGGAAACCAAGAAAUGUUUGCAAUCGAAACACAAAUACCAGAUGCGGUCUACUUUUGCUCGAUAGAGCCACCAAGCAUAUCUUCCCAAACAGCCAUGGAACAAGCUCUCAAACAGCUGCAGCGCGAAGAUCCCAGUCUGCGAGUCAGUUAUGAUGCGGUGACUGGCCAAACUGUGCUUGGCGGAAUGGGUGAGCUACACAUGGACAUUAUAAAGUCGAGAAUGCUCAGCGAAUAUAAAAUUGAUGUCGAUCUCGGGCCACUACAAAUUGCUUAUAAGGAAACUAUAGAAUCGUCAGCAAUAAAUACCUUUAGUUUGGAAAAAGAAAUUGCAGGUAGCAAGCAAAAUGUGAGCAUAACCCUGGAGCUCGUUAACGAUCAAGUGGAAGUGUUUAGCUUGGAUAAAUCACCAGAGAAUGUGCAAAAUCUCAAUGCAUUGCGUCCCCGAAUUCUUCAAGUAGUGCGUAAAGGUGCAAUUAGCGCAUUAGAACGUGGACCACGCGUUGGUGGCCAGGUGGUGGAUACGCAGAUACGGCUACAUAAUGUCGUUAUAGGUCGUGGCACUGCCGACUCCUUCAUCAUGGCAGCUGCAGCUCAGUGUGUGCAAAAGCUGCUAACCACAAAUGGCACACGAUUACUGGAACCCAUUAUGGCAUUGCAAAUUGUGGCUCCCAACGAUCGUGUUUCUGGCAUUAUGGCUGAUUUAUCAAGGCGACGGUCGCUUAUAAAGGAUGUGACGACAAAAGGGGAUAAGAAUAAGUUAAUUUUGGUAAACGCACCAUUGGCAGAACUCAGUGGUUAUUCAAGCGCGCUGCGCACUAUAAGCUCGGGCACAGCCAGUAUGACGAUGCAACCAUGCGGAUUCUCGGAAAUGAACUCUGCAGACGAGUCGCUGGCUGUUCGACGAGCUCAGGGAUUAGAAUAAUAUG